CAUUUCGAUUUUUCGAACGAAUUUCCGAGUUUUGACAGACAAAAGAUUAUGGAAACUGCAUUAUAAAUAAAAUGGCUUUUAAUUUGGUAAAAAGAGCCCUUCUAUACGAUACAAAGGCUGUACGAAAUGCAGCAGCAAUAUAUUAUAACACAGCGAGAAACCAUUGGAAUUACCAAUAUAAACCGGACCCAUAUCCCAAGACACCACAAGAACGAGCAGCGGCAGCCAAAAAGUAUGGGUUGACUGUUGAAGAAUACCAGCCAUAUCCUGAAGAUAUGGGUUAUGGGGACUAUCCUAAAUUGCCGGACAUUGGAACAGAUUCUAAAGAUCCCAACUAUCCAUAUGAUUUACCCGACCUAAAACGAAAUUUCAAUGAACCGAUUCAUGCUAGUGCUGAAAUAUAUGGUGAAGACCGUUAUGAUCCAUCUGGAAGGCCAAGGUUUUCUCUCACACAUCAGUGGACCUGGUUUUUGGGGGCUAUAUUUGGCAGUUUUGGUUUAUACUUCUGGUUGGACAAUUAUAAAUUUGGUCGACCAGUUACUAUAAAGCAAUAUCCAAAAGAUGGGCCACAUUACAUGUUUUGUGAAAAAUAGAAAACAUAUUACGUCUUCACACCAAUGUAAGUUAGAUUGAAUAAAAACUAAAAGUAA